AAAAUUUGCGAUAAAUAUAGACCUUUUCUACAAUGGCAACCCUUAAAGAUCGGCAGAUAACUGCUAUCAAGCAAAUGCUUAAUCUCAAUCAACCCAUAUCGAAAGCAAUAUCGGCCGAACCGGUAUGGAAGCUUUUGAUAUACGAUCGAGCCGGGCAAGACAUUAUUUCCCCACUGAUAUCCAUACGCGAGCUGCGUGAGAUGGGUAUUACGCUGCAUAUUCAACUACAUUCCGAUCGAGAUUCCAUUCCGGAUGUGCCGGCCAUCUAUUUCUGUGCCGCAACCGAAGAAAAUCUGGGCCGUAUAGCGCAAGAUUUCCAGAACGGGCUGUACGAUGUGUAUCACCUAAACUUCAUUGCACCCAUCUCCCGGCAGAAGCUGGAAGAUCUUGCUGCCGCGGCACUGCAGGCCGGUUGUGUGGCCAACAUUCACAAGGUGUACGAUCAGUACUUGAACUUUAUUACGUUGGAGGACGAUAUGUUUGUGUUGAAGCAUCAAAAUAGUGAUGCAUUGUCGUAUUACGCUAUUAAUCGUGCCAACACACAGGACGUAGAGAUGGAAAACAUAAUGGAUAGUAUUGUGGACAGUUUGUUCGCAGUGUUCGUUACACUCGGUACCGUGCCAAUUAUACGGUGUCCGAAAAACAGUGCCGCCGAGAUGGUGGCCCGAAAGUUGGAGAAAAAGCUGCGCGAAAACCUUUGGGACGCUCGCAACAAUUUGUUCCACAUGGACGCAACACAGACCGGAGCAUUUAGCUUCCAGCGGCCGCUACUGGUGCUGCUGGAUCGAAGUAUCGACAUGGCGACACCGUUGCAUCAUACCUGGACCUACCAAGCAUUGGCGCACGAUGUGCUGGAGCUAGCCCUGAACCGUGUAGUGGUGGAAGAAGAUCCAUCGGCAGACCAACAGCACGGUGCGACGGGUGCCAAACCAAAAAUGAAAGCAUGCGACCUUGACUCACGUGAUCGGUUCUGGUGCACACACAAGGGCAGCCCAUUCCCCACGGUUGCCGAAGCGAUACAGGAAGAGCUCGAACAGUACCGCUCGUCGGAGGAAGAGAUUAAAAAGCUCAAAACGACGAUGGGCAUCGACGGCGAGUCGGAUGUUGCCUUUUCGAUGGUGAACGAUAAUACGGCCAAACUAACGAGUGCCGUAAAUUCGUUGCCCCAGCUGCUAGAAAAGAAGCGCCUUAUCGAUAUGCACACCAAGAUUGCGACUUCCAUUCUCAACUACAUUAAAGCACGUCGGUUAGAUUCGUUCUUUGAGCUGGAGGAGAAAAUAAUGUCGAAGCAGGCGCUCGAUCGUGCGCUGAUUGAGCUUUUGAAAGAUCCGGAAUUUGGUCUGCCGGAGGAUAAGAUGCGCCUGUUCAUUAUCUACUAUAUCUGCAGUAACGUGCCCGAGGCGGAAUUUAAGCGGCUUGAAGAAACGUUAAAGGAGUGUGGAUGUGAUUUGUCCCCACUGCCGUACAUACAGCGAUGGAGGAGCAUCAUGAAGAGCACUCUCACUAACUCGAACCAAUACGAAGGAAGUGGCACGAAAACGGUUUCCAUGUUUUCGAAACUUGUGUCGCAAGGGUCGUCUUUCGUUAUGGAAGGUGUAAAGAAUUUAGUUGUUAAAAGACACAAUCUUCCCGUCACAAAAAUUACCGAACAGCUGAUGGAGUGCCGGUCGGGCGGUUCGGAGGUGGACGACUACCUAUAUCUCGAUCCAAAGCUGCUCAAGGGAAGUGAUGUGGUGCCGAAAAAUCGUGCCCCAUUCCAGGACGCUAUCGUGUUCGUGGUGGGUGGUGGUAAUUACAUUGAGUACCAAAAUUUGGUCGAUUUUAUAAAAUCGAAGCAAAGUACCAACAGCAUUCGGCGCAUCAUUUACGGUGCCUCUACGCUAACCAAUGCCAAACAGUUCCUGAAGCAACUGUCACUGCUCGGGCAGGAAAUUGCCGGUGCAUAGAGCACAUCCCGCCACCAUCCGGUACGCCGCGAUGUGAUUGAACGUUGCUUCGGUGUUUCGCGGCCACGAGACGAUAGAUGUGAGCUUAGUUAGGGGUAAGCA